CGCCUUCCCUGUUUUAAUUUUGUUGAAGCUAUCGAUCGAGAGUGAACAUAGAGAUGGCUAGUGGGAUACUACAGGUGCUGCUCGUGGAUGCGCAUUGCAUGCAAAAUAAAGAUCUUUUUGCUAAGAUGGACCCAUAUGUUGUCAUAAAAUAUGGAAAGGAAGAGCGCAAGAGUUCCGUUGCUCGACGACAAGGCAGGAAUCCUGUAUGGAACGAGAAAUUUACAUUCAAGGCGGAGUAUCCAGGGAAAGUUGUUGGCCCACACAAGCUAACCCUCACAGUCAUGGACAAGGAUACGUUCACCGCCGAUGACUUCGUCGGUGAAUCAACAAUCUACAUAAAGGAUGUACUGUCUCUGGGCAUUGACGUGGGAAAGGCCGAGCUUCCACCCCGCAAAUAUAGGCUUGUGCUCGCCGAUAAGACCUACGAGGGAGAGAUUCGGGUGGGCGUCAGUUUCACCAAGAAGGUGGAAGAUGAAAAUUACGAAGGUCAGGGUGGAUGGAAACAAAGCUCCUUGUAAACAUGAUUUCUUAUUAUAGAGUCCAGAUAUGAUUGUCAUUAAGAACAAUGCUGUGUGUAUUCUUUUCAAUAAAAUCCAAUAUGAUAUUUAUGCAGACAGAGAGAUGAGAUUGGAGCACCAAUAGAAAAAUUAUAUAAAAAUUAAUCCUCUCAAAAAUUGUAAUCGGUUUCUUGUAAUUAAUGGCUAGUGUAUGUUGAAGGACAACUAUCAAAUAUAAACAGGUUGCACCUCAUCAUCAUUAAUAUAUGGCUAGAUUGGUUAUUUGGCUAAGGCCUGAUGGGGAUACAGGAUGCAUGGGCCUCCAUGGUUUUCUUUUCUACUUGUUGUUGCAUGGUUCAAUUAAGCGUUGGAGCCCACAAUUGGAUGGGUUGUACUUGUAAGAUCAGUUUGU